AUGGCGACCGAGAAACCGUCGGUGCUGAUCAUCGGCGGCCUGGGAUACAUCGGACGAUUCCUGGCCCUGCAUAUACAGAAGAACGACCUCGCAUCCGAGGUGCGGUUGGUAGACAAGGUGCUGCCGCAACUGGCAUGGCUAGCGCCCGAGUUCGAAGAAGCAUGUUCGGGAGACAAGUUCAUGCAGGCUGAUGCAACGAGAGAACAAGCCGUGACCCGAAUCUUCGACCGGCCGGACGGGAAGCAGUGGGACUAUGUCUUCAACUGCGGCGGCGAGACGAGAUACUCACAGGAGGACGAGGUGUACAAGCUGAGGUCGAAAGAGCUAUCGCUGGCCGUGGGGCGAGAAGCGGCCAAGCGCAAGGUCAAGUGCUUUGUCGAGCUGAGCACGGGAAUGGUGUACAAGCCCGACUCGUCGCCGAGCAAAGAGGGGGACAAGCUCAAGCCUUGGAGCAAGAUUGCCGUGUUCAAACUCCAGGCCGAGGAGGAACUGGCCAAGAUCGAAGGCCUCAACCUCGUGAUCGUGCGCCUGGCGCAUGUCUACGGUCCAUAUGCGUCUCAAUGGGUCGCUACCGCAUUGUGCAUGGCGCGCGUAUAUCAGCAUCUCGAGGAGGAAAUGAAGUGGCUCUGGACCAAGGAUUUGCGAACGAAUACAGCCCACAUUGACGAUGUCACCCGGGCGCUGUGGGAUACCGCCAAGUGGUAUGACGCGGGCAAGGCAAAGUGGGAUCCCAAGGAGAUGGGCACAACCCCAACUUUCAACGUCGUCGACGACGGCAUGACUACUCAGGGUGCCAUGGCCGACGUGAUUGGCGAGAUCUUCAACAUCCAGACCGGGUUCCAGGGCACCAUCGUCAGUACGUUUGCGAGACUGAACCUGGACAGCGUCGUGGACGACGUCAACGACGAGGUUCUAGGCCCCUGGGCUGACCUUCUGGCCGACGCGGGAAUCACACGAGCAGGCCCCUUGACGCCGUUCAUGGAGAAAGAGUUACUGAAGGAUACAGAUCUAUCCAUGGACGGGUCGCGGCUGAAGAGCGUCGUUGGCUUCGAGUACCAGAAGCCGAAAAUGACCAAGGAGCUCAUCGAGGAAGUGAUUGAGAGUUAUAAGAAGAUGAAGUGGUGGCCGUGA